AUGACAGAGUCUCAAGAAAUAGAACUUUCUGGUCAUGGAGAAUUCGACUAUAUGAAUGGUGACGUAUAUGUGGGGCAAUGGGAAAUUAUCGAUAAAGCCAAAAAACGCCACGGACAUGGGAAAUUCCUUCAUGCCUUGAACCCUCAAAACGAAGAAUCAAAAUUAACCGAAGAAUAUGAAGGUCAAUGAGAAAAUGACCAAAUGCAUGGAUAUGGCGUCUAUAAAUAUAUUUCAGGAGCUAUAUACGAAGGAGACUGGUUUCAAGGAAAACAGCACGGCCAUGGUACCUAUCAAUUCCCAAACGGAGCUAAAUACGUAGGACAAUGGGAAAACCACCGAAUGCAUGGAGAAGGCAUUUACACAGACCCAUAUGGUGUAGACUGAAAAGGAAUUUUUGUCAAUGGGACUUAUGAUUCCACAGUCCAAAAGCGGCUUAAAGCUGAAUAUGAAGAAGAGCGCAAAGUCUUCGCAUUAAAAAAGAUCGGAAGCGGGCUUAUUGCUGAGUUUAAAAAGGCGUUUUCAGGUGAGAAAAAAACUUGGAAAGAACAAUUCACCAAAAACUUGGUUGGGAUUCCUGAAGAUGUGGACAAAUUUGUAGCUGAGCCUUAUUCUAGAUGGGAAGAAAGGACUGGGGAUAAAUGGAAUGACUUGCUAAACCAAUUGCUAGAGGUUGAGCCACAUGUGCUAAAAAGCAAAGAAGAAACGAGGGUUCUGAGUGACCAAAGAGUGUUUGCAAAUCAGCUGCAAGGCCCUGGACAAGUCUUGGAGUUUAAGAGGCAGAUUGAUAACAGAAAAAUUGAGUUAUGUGCUGUGCUGAGUGAGUCAGGCAAAUGGGUGAUUUUUCAUAGUCUGGAUGUCGUUGAAAAGAAAUAA